UUGAAUUAGAGGAAACUUCAGGGUGUGACAAAUAAUUGGAGAAUAUAGUCAAAAGGACAUGACAAGGAAGCUUCGUUGUUUCUUGGCCUAAUUAUGAGAUUGAAACCAUGGAGGGCUCAAAAAUCUAAGAGAGAUGGAGAGAGAAUGGGGGCAUGGAAUCUGAAUUGAGGGGCCUAUGCACAUUUUUUUCGGAACCAUGGACCACACAUUUCUCUCUAUAAGAAGCCCUCUUCAGCUCCAUUUAUAACACUGCUUCAAGUGGUUUCAACUUUCAACACACACACAGACACACACAUAUCUGUCUCUCUACACUACAAAGUGUAAGACACAAAGAUGAGCAGAGAUUCCACGAGGGCUUCAAAGAAGAAGGUUUCAUGCAGAAGGCUUGGAGGGUACCUCAAAGAGCAAAAAGGAAGACUAUACAUAAUCAGAAGAUGUGUAGUCAUGCUACUCUGCUGGCAUGACUAGAUACAAAAAAAUUCUCAACAUCUUCAACCAUCAUUGUUUAACGUUUUUCUUUGCUCAUACCAUGGAUCAGUACACACCAGAUUCCUCAAAGCCAUGGUCAAGGAUCAAAGUUCAAGCAUGCAGAAAAAGAAUAUAUAUAUAUAUAUAUAUGUUUUGCUAGCUAGCUCUUUAGUAUUAUGUAAAUAGCAGAGAAAGUAACGUUCCUUCAUAUAAAAGAUGUAUGUUCUCUACGUGCAAAGAGGCUAAUAUGGCAAUGAAGUAAAAGUUUCAGUUUCCAUUCUGCACUUGGAGUAGUACUUGGAUUUGUUUGUUUUGAAUCAAGAACUAUGUAGUUUGGAAGAGUUAAUGAUUAUAUAUAAUUGGCAUAUUUUGUAAGGCUAAUAA